AUCUAUUUUUCGGAUAACAGACUGAUCACAUUACAACUUUUUAUGUAAACAUAAUAAUCUUCAUUUGUCACUUAACACAGUUAAGAUUUAUUUUUGUCUAACGUGUUAUUAUUUCAGCCUGUAUACAUGUUCAGAGCAGCAGUUUGGAUAGUUGUUCUCGGGUUCAUAUUUAAGAUAGUUAUUGAUUACAGGGACUGGCUGGACUUGGAUAAAGAUGUCAUACUCUCAGUGACACCGGGGAAAUGUCAGAAUGUUAUAAAAGAUGGUGGAGCAGAGGAUCUGACCCAUGUCGGUAACGGCCUAAUUCUCAUGUCAACAGGAUUAUCUGAAACACCUGGUCAUAUCAGAGCCUUAAACCUGAACAAGAAAUUGGAAGUGGUUACCAUGAGUAUUUCCAACCCACCCGACAGGCCAGACUUCAUGAAUAAACCACACGGGUUGUCUGCAUGGCGAGAUCCUCAAACUGGUAAGCUAUAUCUUCACGUGAUAUCACAUGCCUCUGUGGAAUGUGUCGAAGCGUUUGAGGUUGACGAAGACAAGCUUGCCUUGAAAUAUCUAAAGACUAUCACCGAUUCAAGUUUUACUUUUAUGAAUGAUCUCGUUGCUGUUGGAAAAGAUCAAUUUUACAUCACUAAGUUUGCCCAUUUUCCUAUCCAUGACACGAAAAAGCUCAAUUUGGAAUGGCUAACACGUUUGAGAACAGGCAAAAUAUAUUUCUAUGACGGUGAAAAGAUCAUGGAUGCCGUAUCAAGUCUUCAAGAACCGAACGGAAUCAACAUUUCACCUGAUAAUAAGGUGAUUUAUGUGGCAGAAUGGGGAGCAAAAUAUCUCCGGGCCUACAAGAGGGAGUCCACGAACAGUCUUGUUGAAAUAUGGAGCAAGUAUGUUGCCACUGGUAUUGAUAAUAUAGAAGUGGACCCUAGCAACGGAGAUCUCUGGAUAGGAUCUGUUCAAGUUAGGUGGAAGGUGAUAGAUAUCUUAAAUGAGCCAAUACAUGGAGCCAAGCAUCCUGCUCAGGUCUUGCGAGUGAAACUGUCUGACAACACUAUCACACAAAUAGAAGAGAUAUUUUCUGACGACGGAAACUUCAUGUCUGGGACAUCGGUUGCUACCUAUGUGAAUGGCAAGGCAGUAAUUGGCACAGUGUCAAAUACCGCAGAAGUGUGUGAAGUCAACUAUUUGUCAAAGCCUGAUGACGUUAAACGAGGAGCGUGGCAGUGAUAAUUUUUGUGUGAAGAAAAAAGUUUUGUUUCUUAAAUCUAUGAUAUAUUGCAUGUAUAUAUCUUUGCAACGUUUUUGGUGAUAAUAUUUAAAUAUUUAUCAUCAUCUUCAGUAAUCGCCUCACUGUAGAAGAGUAUGUUUGUUAGUGGUAUGUUUGUUAGGUAUUGGUGUGUUUGGUCACACCCGUUUUGUGUCAUUAUCAAAUUUGCUCAUUUUGUGAUAUUCCUAAAUGUUAUUAACUCUUACUAUACCAUGCUGAACAGGAUUUAUUCUCAGUAUCUGUUUAGUUAGCACCCAUUUUAACAGUUAAUGGCGCUGUCCAAAUUGAAAUAUGGACAAAUUCAUUAUAGAAAUUUAGCAGGGUAUAGUAAGGGUUAAAGAACAGAAAGCUAUGUUUGCUCGACAACCCAGUUAAACACAAUGCUUAUAAACACUUUAGUAUACUAGCAGAAUGUAUGUUUUAGUCUCUAAUAAAGGAUUCAGAUACCA